AUGCUGGCACACAAUUUGCCUUUUUUCCUCAUUUUCGGACUCAUCGGUGGCUGUUUAAGUGAUUGUGGCUAUUCGAGUUGCGAGAGUUGUGCAGCAGCAAUUGAUGGUUGUGGUUGGUGUCUCGUUGACGCGAAAUGCUCGAAAGAGGCUGACUGCAAGAGUGAAAUCUUUCUACAGAACGAUUCCUACAAUUGCCCGCGAUCUCCAAACGCAAAUUUUCCCUUCGAUGACACGUUUGGGAGAAAGAUGGCACUUCCAUUGUUGGCGGCAACGUAUUCCCCUAAUCCGCAGCCAUGUUUGAAAAAUCAGCUCUCCACAACUUAUUUCUACAACAGUACCCUCGUCGCAUGUGAUCACUACAAUAAAAGUGAUUUCUGUUAUUCGUAUACGGCUUUCGAUCUCAGCCGAAAAGCGAUAAUGAUCGCUUUUCGCGGCACAAGCGGAAACUUUGAGACAUUCGCCGAAAUAUUGGGGAUGCUAAAGAAAAAAGACAACUUUUUGAAUAUCGGCCUAAUUUAUGACUAUUUCUUUAAUGGGUUCUUCUUUUUGUGGCGCGCCGGCUUGGAGGCGCAAGUGAUGACGCUGAGAAAAGUCUACCCAACGUACGAUGUCUAUAUCGUCGGGCAUUCACUUGGCGGAUCGUUGGCGUCUCUUUGUGCGGCGUAUCUCGUCAAACGGGGGCUUUUCGAACCGGAAAAGAUAAAAAUGAUGACAUUCGGGCAGCCGAGGACAGGCGAUGUGAGAUACGCGGAGUGGCAUGACGCUAAUAUUCCCUUCUCCUACCGUGUGGUCCACCACCUCGAUCCAAUUCCUCACAUCCCGCCACAAGAAGUCGAUCUGAUGCAUCAUCGUUUCGAAAUUUGGUACGACAAUGCGAUGACUACCGCCAACUACACAAUUUGCCCCUAUGGGGAUUUGAUCGGUCAAUGCGCGAACAGCAAGAUCAUGUGGCAAUUCGAUGACCACACGCACUACUACGAUACGGCGGUGAGCGAUUGGUGGAAAACGGAUUGCAAA